AUGCCCAAUGAUCGAUCAUCGAUGCCUCAAGACUCCGGGGGUCGAUGUUCCAAGGCUCCGGGUAUCGAUGUUCCAAGGCUCCGGGUGUCGAUGCCCCAAGGCUCCGGGUGUCGAUGCCCCAAGGCUCCGGGUGUCGAUGCCCCAAGGCUCCGGGUGUCGAUGCCCCAAGGCUCCGGGUAUCGAUGCCUCAAGGCUCAGGGUAUCGAUGCCCCAAGGCUCCGGGUAUACAUGCCCCAAGGCUCCGGGUAUACAUGCCCCAAGGCUCCGGGUAUCGAUGCCCCAAGGCUCCGGGUAUACAUGCCCCAAGGCUCCGGGUAUACAUGCCCCAAGGCUCCGGGUAUACAUGCCCCAAGGCUCCGGGUAUACAUGCCCCAAGGCUCCGGGUAUCGAUGCCCCAAGGCUCCGGGUAUACAUGCCCCAAGGCUCCGGGUAUCGAUGCCCCAAGGCUCCGGGUAUACAUGCCCCAAGGCUCCGGGUAUACAUGCCCCAACAGCCUUUUAA